AUUUGGAAAUUUAAAAAUUAAAGAUAUCAACGCGAAUCCAAAAAAUACAAUCAACUUCAUCAUGAAAUCGUUUGUUAUCGUUGCAAUUGUUUUGGCCAGCUUGGCAGCUGCAAUUCGUGCCGAUGAAAAUCCCGUUCGCGAAGAAAGAUCGUCGGGCCAGAAUGCUGGUGUUGGUUCUGGUGUUGGAACAAAUUAUAAUGCUGGUGUGGCCCCCACCUAUAAUGUACGUGAGGAGAGGUCAUCUGGUGCCACUCCCGUAGUUUCAUCAUACAACGGCGGCAAUCCUCUCGGCUCAACAUUCAAUGGAGCACCCACGGCCACAUACAAUGUGCGUGAUGAACGAUCGACUGGUGGAAACUCUGGCGUCACCACUUUCAGUGCUCCUGUUGCUCCCAACUACAAUGUGAGAGAAGAACGCUCAUCUGGUACCAAUGUUGGAGGCAAUCUUGCUGGCAAUCCUGUUGGAGGUAAUUUGGGACUAAACCUGGCUGGUCAGUUGUUGCCCAGCUACAAUGUUCGCGAAGAAAGAUCCCCAAGUGGUAACUUUGGUUACAAUCUACCUCUAGUUCCCCUUGUUCCCUAUAACGUGAGACAAGAACGUUCAUACGGCGCCGGUCCCUCAUCGUCGGCCUAUGGCGGUGGAGCUGGCGCUGGUGGUGCAGGUGGUGCUUCGUACGGUGCUUCUGCUGGUCCUCAAUUCAGUGCUGCAGCCGCCCCUGCCGCUCCCGCUCCUGUCACAAUUCCAGCACCUCCAUGCCCCAAGAACUACUUGUUCAGCUGCCAACCUAGUUUGACUCCAGCUCCCUGCGCCCAAGCUGCUGCCUAUGGCGGUGCUGGAGCCUAUUCUCAUAAUUAUCCUGUGUACGCUGCACCCCAAUACAAUUACCGUCCAUAUUAUUGAAAUGUAAAGUACUUUAUGUGAAAAAAUCGGAUUGAAAAUUACCAACAUUAAUAAAAUAUUCUAGAGCAUUA